AUGUUCAAGUUGAACGUUGCGCUUGUUGCGGCGUCGCUCGCGCUCAGCGCGGCGGCGGCUCCGGCGCCUCAGGAUGGUGACUCCAGGGCCAGCUUUGGCCAGUGGGGCAACUGGGGCAACUGGAACAUGCCCGCCUGGUGCUCGUCGCUCCUCGCCGGCGCGAGCGGCAGCGGAGCGCCCUCCGUCGGCUUGCCCACGGAGAGCUUCAGCCAGUUCCCGACCGCCAACCCGUCGGACCUCCCGCCCUUCCCGACGGAUAGCUUCAGCCAGUUCCCUACGUCGAUCCCUUCGGACCUUCCGUCUGUGGGUCUCCCCACGGAGAGCUUCAGCCAGUUCCCCACGUCGAUACCCUCGGAUCUGUCCCAGAGCGGCGCCCUCCCUACGGAGAGCUUCUCCCAGUUCCCCACCUCGAUCCCUUCGGACCUGCCGACGGCGUCUGCGUCCUCUGCGCCUGCCUCUGCGGCGACCUCUGCUCCCGCCUCGUCGGCUUCCCCCGUCGCUGCCGCCGUCAACGACGACGUGCAGCAGUGGCUCGACCUGCACAACGCCGAGCGCGCGAAGCACGGCGCGGACCCGCUGACGUGGUCGGACGAGGUUGCGAAGUACGCGCAGGACUACAGCGCGAAGUGCGUUUGGGAGCACUCGGGCGGGCAGUACGGCGAGAACCUCGCCGCGGGUACGGGCCUUACCAUCGAGGGCGCGGUGAACAUGUGGAACGCUGAGUCGAAGGACUACGACCCGGCGAACCCGCAGUACUCGCACUGGACGCAGGUGGUGUGGAAGGGCACGACACAGCUCGGCUGUGGCGUGACGGUGUGCCCGAGCGUCGCCGGGAUGGACAACGCCAGCCUCUACGUCUGCUCGUACAACCCGCCCGGCAACUACAUUGGCGAGUUCGGCGAGAACGUCCAGCCCUAA